AUGAUUAAUCCACAAUAAUUCCACAUCCUAAAAAAUAACAACUUACAAAUUGAUCAUUUAGCAUGUAAUUAGCACAAGCAACCAUACAAAUGCAUAGAUCUUUCAUUAUAAUGUGAUUAGAAAUCUAGACUCAAAUGUUUUUAAUGUUAACAAAAUAAUAAUAAUUGUGUUCCAAUAGAUAUUUUUAGCAAUUUAUGCUAAGAUAUUUAUAAAAAUAUUUAACACAAUAAUUUUUCUGCUACUUAAACCAUCUUAUUAAAAUUUUAAAAAUAAGUUGAAGAAAUCCAAUCUCUACUCUAAGCCUUAAACAAUAAGCUAAUCAAAAUUUCUUCAAUUGAGAGACCAUCUUCUAAUUGUUUGGAAUUAUUAAAAGGUUUUAUAAACUGUAAAGAGAAAAUGAAGGAUGAAAUCUUAAUUGAAGCAAAAAAUGUUUAGAAAGAAGAUUGGAUUUUUUAAAAAUUUGGAGUUUAAGAGUUUGAAAAUUUGGCUGAAUAACUUUCAUAAUAUACUAUUCUUAAAUAUGAGAAUCUUUAAUAUACACUAAAGUUCAAAGAUAUUGAUGAUCAAUAAUUAGCUGAAUCUAAUUAAUAUUUAGAAUUAAUACAAAGUUUAAAAUAAUAAAUUCUCAAAUUUUAAUAAGAAAAUGAUAUAAAGAAUUUGUCACAUAUAUAAAUUGAAUAAGUAAAUUAACUCAAGGAUCAAUAAAUAUAGGAAUGUUAAACAAAUACUAAUAUGUAAAGAGAAUUUCUAAUUGAAAAAAGUGAAAAAUUGUUCUUAUAAGAAAAAUGUUCAAUAGCUGAUAUUUAAUUAAAUUAUGAUUAAUCUAUUAUUUGCCUUAGGUUUAUAGAACCAAAUAAUUCACUUAGUUUUUGGAAAUAUAAUCCAGAAAGAAAAUAAUGGAAUUUUUGGACUAGUCUUUAAUGUUAUAUUCAAAGUUUGAUUGAUUUCAAAAUGAGUAAAUUAGAAAACUCUUUUAUAACAUGUGGUGCUGAUUUCCAUUCAAAGGAAUUUAAAAUUUCUAAAGAUUUUGAAAAUGAUUAUUCUUUAAAAAUUUGGAAGAAACAAGGGGAAGCAUGGUUUGUAAAAUAGGUAUUUAAACCAGUAGUUUCACAUGGAUAUGCUCAUUCUAGAAUAUCUUAUGUACUAUUUAGCAAAUCUGAAAAAUAAAUUUAUUACUCAGAAGGAUAACGUCUUGCUAUGUUAGAAUAGAAAGGAUAAGAUUAAGAUUAUUAACUUAAGUUUUCUAUUUAAAAAUCAAGUGAAAUUAUUACAAUUUUAGAAAUGUCAAAUAAUGGAAAAUUAUUAGCUACAGGAGGUUUUGACUAAAAAGUUGUUUUAUGGAGAAUUGAUGAUGUUAAAUUAACUUAAUUUUAAUAAUUAAAAUUGUAUAAUACUCCAAAAAGAAUCUUAUUUAGUUAAGAUGAUUAAGAUUUAAUAAUUUGUACAAAGGAUGGUGUAGUACAUUGCUUUAAUAAUUAAGAUUCAAAACAAAAAGAAUACAAAGAAAAUUAAAAAAUCUUUAAUAAUAAUAAUAAUAAAAUUAGAACAAUUGAAUUUAAUAAAGAUUCAUCAAUAUUGGCAAUUGGAGGAGAAGCAAAUAUAAUUUAAUUAUGGAAAAAAGAUGCUUAAAAUUAAUGGAAAUGCUAUAAUGAAGCCAAAUAAGAUAAUUUUAUAGAAUCUAUUUGUUUUAAAAAUUGUCCAGAUGUUAUAUAUGCAUCAAAUAAUAAUGAAAUUUAUAUCCAUCAUUUAAAAUGA